GUCAAGCAGCUAGCAAGCAAGCUGCUUAGAGUUGAUACUGUAGUUUUAGAAAGAAAGCAGCCGCCUAUUCGAUUUGAACACGACGCGAUUGAGUACCUUAAGAUAGUAGAUAUGGUCCUAGUGGUUGUUUUUAAUGCGGUAGCUUCGUGAAUCGGGAAUUUUCACUUCAAAACAAGGGUCGCAGCUAAAGGAAACACGUUGUCUGGCUGCUCCUCUUUGUCACACAGCCCGGUCAAGCCACGCUAACUUUUGACACUAGCACAGGUCUGCUAGGAAACUCUUGACCUCGUACUCAGGAUGCCAUGUCACAAUCAGCAGCUGAACAAUGUCAACAGUGGCCAGGAGCACCCCAUGAAGCAGGUACGGUUUGCAAACAGCAGCAGCAGCAGUAGCAGUAGCAGCAGCAGCAGCGUGCCCGCAGUGCUGUCCAGCUCUGAGCCAAGUGAUGCCUCCACACAGCCUGUAAACCAAGAAACACUGGGACCUCAGCUUAAGCUGCUUCCUCUGAAUGACCAGAUCCGUGAAUUACAGACUAUAAUCAGAGACAAGACCACCAGUAGAGGAGAUUUUGUGUUUUGUGCUGACCGACUGAUCAGACUAGUAGUUGAAGAAGGUUUGAAUCAGCUCCCCUACUCAGAGUGCACUGUGACCACGCCAACAGGGUACAAGUAUGAAGGUGUCAAAUUUGAAAGAGGCAACUGUGGAGUCAGCAUUAUGAGGAGUGGUGAGGCCAUGGAGCAAGGUCUCCGUGACUGCUGCCGCUCCAUUCGCAUCGGCAAGAUCCUCAUUCAGAGUGAUGAGGAGACACAGAAAGCUAAGGUGUACUACGCCAAGUUCCCCCCAGAUGUUUAUAGGAGGAAAGUGCUGCUCAUGUACCCCAUCCUCAGUACAGGGAACACUGUGAUUGAGGCAGUGAGGGUGCUGAUAGAGCACGGAGUCCAGCCCAGACAUAUUAUCCUCCUUAGCCUCUUCUCCACACCUCAUGGGGCCAAAUCUAUAAUCCAGGAGUUCCCCGAUAUCACCAUCUUGACCACAGAAGUUCAUCCAGUGGCUCCAACACAUUUUGGACAGAGGUAUUUUGGCACUGACUGAACUGAACAACCUGAGGAACAUGAUCUGCAAAUUGUUUGGAGUAUAUUUUGUCUGGUUUAUUUAAAUGUAUCUCAUGUUCUCCUUGUUGUGCCAAAUACUACUAUAUCAUCUUCUAAACUGACCCAAAAUGAGUAAUCUUGAUUGACUGUAUUUAUUUUAUUUCCCCCUUUUUUUUUUUUGCUGUGUAUACUCAUGCUAUAGAAACAUAAAAAUGCUGAGCCAGGUCAAGAGUUCUAGUUGGAUCAUUUUAUUUUGCAUGUCACAACUGAUGGAUCAAUAAAGAUUUAUAUUUGUUAACAGACAAAACAGCAAAUGAAACGGUAUCAGUAUAUUUGGUGAUUCAGAGGUACUGAAAAAGGGAAGCGCCACAAUCACAUACUCCGAAGACAUUUUAAAAAGGGACCACAUUUGCUCUGGUGAUACUGAACAUGUGCCGUGUUAAAUACUGGGUGUCAUUUGUCAUCUUCUUGUGUUACAAAAGUCCAAGUAUUUGAUAAAUGCAUGUUACUUCAAUAAUUAUUUUAAGUGUCACGUGAUGGAGCAAAAUAUACAGACACUGCCUGCAGCAGUUUGAAUCAGUAAACUCAAUACACAGGAAAAAAGCAGAGAUUUUUAACAAUAAAUAGACACCAGACAACAUGAAACACUCAACAUCCACAUCUUUCCUAAUACUCUCAAACACUGUGAAUCAUACUUUACAUAAAAACAACAUACACGUUUAAUUAAUAGAUGAUAAAGUAUUUCUCAGACAUGAGCAGCAUUUGAUUUGGCUUAGCCAACAUAGUAGAAAAUGAGAUGAGAAAAAGUCAAGAUCAAACACCAUAAAGUCUUAAGUUUGCUCUCACACUGAAUAGAUGGGUUAAAUAAAAUGGUUUCCUAACAAAGUAUACCGGCUGACGCCUAAUGAGUAAAUACACAAAUAAACCAUUAACAGUCCCAAUGAGGAGAAUCUGUUUCAUUGGUAUUAAACAUUUUAAAAUACAUAAGCACAGGUAGAAAAACAAAUAGGUCAUAUUGCAGAAACCACUGACCUCUACCAACCAGUGGAUGAGGACCAGUCAUUAUACACAUGUGCAGUUAACUACAUGUUCUAAAAGAUCAGAAAUGAAACACAAAGAGGAACAUCUGUCCUGACCUUUGUAUUAUUUUGUGCCUAUGAUGAAAGCUGAUUUCACUUCACUCCUCCACCUCCCUGCAUCCACACAUAAGUAUUAUUAUUAUACCAGGGAUGGCUGAUAUGGUUGGAAACAAGAUUGUAAUAAUUAUUUAGUGAAAAAACUGUCAAUCACAGUAUGUCUCAUUAGCACAUCCCAGACUU